GGACUAUAAACCCCGCGGCGGCCCAAACCCUAGCCGCCCGAUGCUCUUCGUCCCGCGCCAAGUCGCACUCGCCGUCGCCUCUACCUCCUCUCAGCCCCGCGCCGCCGCCGCCGCCGCCGCCAUGGCCAAGGAGGAGGGCAAGAAGGAGAAGAAGAGCAAGACCAAGAGCAAGGCGGCGGCCAAGGAGACAGCCGCCGCCGCCGCCGCCCCUGAUGGGAGGGCCGCGGUGGUCACCUCCGUCGCCGCCUUCCUCGAGGCCGGCGGGUUCCCGCGCACGCUUGCCGCCCUCCAAUCCGAGGCCGACCUCGAGGCAGGUGCUUGGAGGGCGUCGCCGGUGAACUUGGAGGAGUUGGUGGCCAAAUUCUUGGACUCGAGCAAUCUCGCUCCAGUGGCUGUUUCCGUGGGAAGCGAUGAGCAAGAUAAACCAACUAAUGGUGUAGUGGAAGACGGUGGCAAGAAAAAGAAGAAGGAGAAAACUGCUGCAGAGGCGGGUGAAUCCGAGAACAAAGUGAGUGAGCCUUCUGCUCAGGAAAAACCUAGUGAAAAUGUGGACGGUGAGGCCAAAGCGAAGAAACAGAAGAAGAAGAAGAAGAAAGAUGAUUCUUCAGCUGAGAAUGCUGGUAGCGUUGAAGCAACUGAAACAGUGAAGAAUGAUGAUCAGAAGAAGCCUGAUGGCAAGAAGAAGAAAAGCAAGAAGCAUGACAUGGACGAUGAUGUUGAAGCUAGGCUGGACAAGGUGGAAUUGGCAAUAAAAAACAAGUUUGAGGAAGCUGAGAAACUUAAUGGGGAUGGUGAUAAAUCAAAAGAGGAAGAAUUGAAAAGUCAGAAUGAUGAUGAUGACAAGAACAAUGGUGCUGUAGGAAAGAAAAAGAAGAAGAAGAAAGACAAAUCAGCCACCGAGAUUUCAGAAAAGACUGAUGCAGGAGCUGUACCUGCUGAUGGUGAUGCGGCCAAGGGAAAUAGUGAUGCGGUGGAAAUAGUGAAGGUUGAUAAUGAGAAAAAAAGUAAAAAGAAGCGAAAGAAGUCUAACCCUGAAGAAAAUGUUCAGGUGGAAGAUAAAGAGGUUGCAGGGAAAGAUUCCGCCCCAAAACCAGAGGAUGAGAACAAGAGUGGAAUGGAGAUUGAAGAAGGUGAUAAUGAAAAGCUGUCAGAUGAGAAUGCUGUUACUGGCAAAAAACGGAAACUAGAAGAAGUCGAUGGAAGCAAUCCCCCUUCAACAGCUAAAGAAGAUAACACUGCUAACCAGAGUCUAACCAAUGGCUUUGCUGAGGAUAAAACAAACCAGGACAGCAACAUAAAACCAAGUAAAAGGCAGAAACAUUCAUCUGAGCCUAAAACUGUGAAUGCUUUUCAACGGGUGAAGCUGGAGGAUGUCAAAUUUGCAGAUGAGAGAUUUCAAGAUAACUCUUAUUGGGCUAAGAGUGGUGCAGAAACUGGUUAUGGUGCGAAGGCUCAAGAGAUCCUUGGUCAAGUCAGAGGAAGGGGCUUUCGGCAUGAGAAGACCAAGAAGAAGCGCGGAACAUACAGGGGCGGGCAAAUCGACCUACAAACCCACUCGAUCAAGUUUGACAAUUCGGAUGACGAGUGAUCGCUUAGCUUCACCAAAGAUGGGAGAAGUCUACUGCAUUUAGCAGUUAACCAUUUUUCUUGCCAAUAACCUAUCCGUCUUGCUGGUUGGAAGAAGUUUGGCGGUGGGGUGGUGCUACGGUGGUGAAAGCGGAGGGCACAUGAUUGUUGCAGUGUUGCCGGUUUUGUUAUGAUGGACGUCCUGCUAAGUUUGAGGCAUGGAAAUUUUGGGUUGGGCUCACUGAUGUAUCAAUCAUUUUUGCUACUGCUGGUGCGACAUAGUGUUGCUACUACACGCAUAUGGUUUAUGAGCUUAACUGAGCGCCCGUUGGAUUUCGUGAUC